AAGAGCAAGCUCACUUGUUGAGAGUUGAGAGUUGAGAGAUCGGAAUGGCCGACGACGCGCCGCUCGUGCAGCCAUGGGAGUACAGCCUGCGGAAGUACCUCCUGCUGCUGGCCACCCUGGUGAUCACCGUCACGUACGCUGCCGGCUUGAACCCGCCCGGAGGCGUCUGGCAGGUCAUCCACGAGGGCAAACUCGCCGGCGAUCCUAUCAUCCGCCAAAUCCACUACCGCCGCUACCUCGCCUUCUUCUACUGCAACGCCGCGGCAUUUGCCGCGUCCCUCGUGGUCAUCGUCCUCAUCCUCAUCCUCGCCGUCCAGCACGACAAGGAGAAGGAGAAGAAGAAGAAGGACGCCGUCCAGGUCGUCCUGCCACUGCGGGGCUUCAUGAUUCUGGACGUGCUCAGCCUCAUGGGCGCCUACGGCGCCGGCACCUUCCGGGACAAGAGCUCCACCGUCUACUUCGCGGUGCUUGUGGCCACCGUCUUCCUCUACAUCGUCGUCGUCAAGUUGCUGGACUGGUGGUCAGGCAAGCACUCCGACUCAUCCGGCUCCGGCGUUUUGUCCCAGAACGAGAAGGCCCUCAAGGAACUGAAAGAGAAAGACCAAGAACGGCUCCGCAAGAUCCUGAUGCUCCUGGCGACUUUCGCUGCGAGCAUCACCUAUGUUGCCGGGCUGAACGCUCCGGGUGGCUUCUGGGACAGCACCGGCGGCAGCCACCGCCCGGGCGAUGCGAUUCUCAACGACCACCACAACCUGCGCAUGAGGGUGUUUUUACACUGCAACACCACGGCGUUCGUGGCGUCCCUGCUCAUCACCAUGCUGCUCAUUGUCGACAGCAAGAAGCUCCCUGCUCGAUCUUUCGUGCUCUACGUGUGCAUCGUCGUCGCGCUUGUCGGCCUCGUCGGCGCAUAUGCGGCUGGCAGCUGCAGGGACACUGGUACCACCGCCAUAGUGGUCAGCCUGGCCGGCGUCGUGCUGGCAUUGGCAUGCAUCCUACUCCGCACUUUACCGUCAGAAUCCUUGUCUUGUUGUUCCUGUAGAACAAGACAAACUGAUGCAACUCAGCACAGUUCUAAGGAGCUUCUGGACAAAGCUCGCUCUCUUGUUCUACUCCUCGCAACUCUUGCCGCCACCAUCACCUACACGGCAGGGUUGGACCCGCCAGGUGGCCUUUGGCAGGAAAACGGCGAUGGGCACAUGGCCGGCGACCCCAUCCUCCUCACGACCAACGCUAGGAGGUACAAGGCCUUCUUCUACUGCAACUCGGUUGCGUUCGUGACCUCCUUGGUGGCCAUCAUCCUGGUCCAGGAGGAGAAUCUGGUCAAGCACCACGUGCUAGAGGCAGCCAUGAUACUCGACCUAUUUGGCCUCAUUGGCGCGUAUGCUGCCGGGAGCUGCCGGGACGUGAGCACCUCCAUCUAUGCCAUGGCCUUGGCAGGUGCUAUCUUGGUCUAUGUGGUGAUCCAUGUCGUCUUCUUCACGCUGGACUACAAGGUUACGGAAAACAACGACCAAAAAGAUCGUUUGCUGGAGAAGAGGCGCAAACGGUUUCUCCUCUUCGCGAUCUUGGCAGCAACCAUCACCUACCAAGCCGGCCUCACCCCUCCUGGCGGCUUCUUGCUCCAGGACGAUGAGCUCGGGCACCGUGCUGGUGACCCGGUCCUCUUGUACAACUACCCAGGCCGCUACAACGCCUUUUUCUACUCCAACUCGGUGAGCUUUAUGCUGUCCAUCGCCCUCAUCAUCCUCUUGGUGAACCCUAAUCUGUACAGGCCAGCCAUACGGAGCAAUGCACUAUCUGUUUGUACGGCUGUGGGGUUAUUUUGUUUGAUGGUAGCCUACGCCGCGGGAAGCACGCAACACCUCAAGACGUCCAUCUACAUCUUCGCGUUGGUGGUCGUGGUCCUCUUCGUUGCAGUUGUAGUGCUGCUAGUAUUUUUACUGAAGGGGCCGAACAUAAAUAGCAACAAUUCAGCACCCAAAACAAAGGACGAAGAAGAGAAGGAAGAUGGCAACAAUUCGGCACCCAAAGAACAAGACGAAGAAGAAGGGAAGAAGGAAGAAAAAGGGAAGAAGGUAGAAGAAAAGAACGGGGGUGAAGAAAGGAAGAAGCACGAGAUGCGCAAGUACCUGAUGCUGCUAGGCAUUCUGGUGGCGAGCGUAGCCUACCAGGCCGGCCUGAAACCGCCAGGUGGAGCAUGGCAGAGCAGUGGCAACGGGUACGAGGCAGGCGACCCAGUGAUGCACAACAACAGGAGGCCCCGGUACCUCGCAUUCUUCUACAGCAACUCCAUUUCCUUCAUGUCUUCCAUAGUUGUCAUCAUCAUUUUGCUAUGGCAAUGGCUGCAAAAGAAGGCGAAAGGAGAAUGGGAGGAACAGUCGCUGAGGGUGAUGAACUGGACGAUCCGACUGGAUUUGAUUGCUCUCCUAGUAGCCUAUGCAGCCGGCUCCAACAGGGGGUGGAAGACGUCUGUUUAUGUCACCAUGCUCAUCAUUGCUGUGCUGGGCUACUUUGCAAUCCAUAUGACGCUGGCACGUAUUGUUUGUAACCGUAAGAAAUCCAAAGAGAGACCUGCAGCGUGAAGCCCCAAGACAUAUCUGCAGCGCCGCUAUACUAUGUGAGAGCAAUUGCUCAUCUGGGCUGUGACCUAUUUAUUUCAUCCUGUAUUUAGAUCUCCAAUCAGCUUACCGCUAGCUCUGCUUCCUUGCCCAAGGGCUUGACAAAAAGCUUCCCUCCUUUUAGAUUCCUGCUCUAGUUGAUGUAAUCGGAUGAAUAACCUGCAUCUACGUCGAGCAUGCUUACAUUGUUUGUCGACUUACUGAGCAAGUGUGUGCAUCUUAAUCGAAUGAAUAUGCAUGGCAGGUGACGUUUUCCUGACCCUAUGUGCACUUUACGUUUCAUAAGAACUUGAAGCAUUUGUUACUACUUAGGAAACAUAUGUCACUUGGUAUAAUCCUGAUAAUUAGUAAUCAAUGAUGGAUAGGAAACAUACCUUUGAAUCCAAGGGGCUAUGGGACGCCAGCUGCGUGAUCUCCCUCCCUAGUGGGGCAAUUCACCGAACACCUGCAGGGCGCCCUAUCCCCGCAUGCAGAUGGCAACUGAGACGACCAAGCCGCCAUUACCGUGGGUCGAUAGAUACGUAAGCUAGCAUCAGAGGAUGGAGCCAAUUUGGCCGGAGAGGAUUCCUCGAGCGUGGGUCGCCUCGAUCGGAAUGCAGUUGCUCGAGGCGUGAAUGCAGGUGCGGCUCGAAUCCAGCUGGCUUAGCAGCAGUCGUUCCUUGUGAUCUUCUGCACUAUGGGCAGAUUGCCCAGGUGCAGGUCGGGGCGGGCGGUCGCCGUUGCCGGCGAUCCCCUGAGAGAAGGAGCGGCGCCUUGGCUCCUGGCUCGCCUCCCGCGCUGCUGCGUCUCGUGCGAACAGUGGCAUUCAGAAACGA